CUUCUUUCAGGUAUCACCCAUUUCUCAAUUUAAGAAAGCCAGAAAAGAAAACACUCGAAAAGCUAGAAAGAAAAAGAAAAUGAGCCAAGAUUAUGAAAUGAUGACAAGCCAAAUGAAUGAACAUGAAGAUCAUAUUGCUCUUAUCUCCCAAAUCUACCCUGGAUUUUACACCCAAAUUGCAACACACCAAGGGGAACCGAAGCCUCGACGGCGGCGGAAGAAGAACAAGGGAGGGGAGAACAGCCAGUGGGCGGUGGCUAAAAAAAGGAAGCUUAACCAGGAACAACUCACUCUCCUUGAACUUAAUUUUGGUAACGAACAUAAACUAGAGUCAGAAAGGAAAGACCGGAUUGCUUCGGAGCUGGGACUUGACCCUCGUCAGGUUGCUGUUUGGUUCCAAAAUCGUAGAGCUCGUUGGAAGAACAAGAAGCUGGAGGAAGAGUAUAGCAAGCUCAAGUCUCUUCACGAAACUGUUGUUCUCGACAAAUGCCGACUUGAAUCCGAGGUGGUAAAGCUUAAGGAGCAACUUAGCGAGGCGGAGAAGGAAAUCCAGCAACUGACGGAACGAGUAGAUGGGGUUUCCAGCAAAUGUACAAGCUCAUCUGUACUGUCAAUGGAAGCCAUUGACCCAGUUUUCCAUGGGGAAUUUGGAUAUGAAGAUGUUUUCUAUAUUGGAGAAAACAAUUAUGUUCUUGGCAUGGAGUGGAUGAAUCUUUUUAUGUAAUUAUCAGAUCACUAGUUAGCGUGUGUAGAUAUGGAUAAUUAAGACCCCCAAAUCCAUUGUAAUUAAUCCUUGAUUUCUUUUCUUAACUACUGUUCUAAUGUUAUAUUAAGUGUUGUAAUGUUAACUUAGAUUCAUAUUAAUUUAGAAAUCUCUUUUAAA